AUGGUGGCCAAUGCAUUGAGCCGUAGGGCUAUGACAGAUCUAAGAGUGAUGUUCACUCGACUUAGCUUGUUCGAAAAUGGGAGUUUGUUGGUUGAGCUACAAGUCAAACCAACUUGGAUCGAGCAGAUUAAGGGUAAACAACUAGAGGAUGAGUCUUUGGGUAUGUGGUUCCGACAGAUUGAGUGUGGUAGCACUACGAACUUUGGUUUGAACUCUGAAGGUGUGUUGUGCUUCCGAGGUCGGAUAUGUGUGCCAAAUGAUGCUGAUUUGAAACAAUCUAUACUGAGAGAGGCGCAUAGUAGCCCUUACGCUAUGCACCCUAGUGAAAAUAAGAUGUACCGAGAUCUUCGAGAGUUGUAUUAG